AAGUGGAAUUUGAAAAGUUUGUCAAUCUAUUAGUUUUGCGUAAUUUUUCAGUAAUUCAAAUUUGUAGUGACAAAAAUGAAUCGAAGAAGACGGAGUAAAACGUCCUUUGCUUCCAGCACAGGAUUCUAUUUUGAAAAUUAUCCAUUGGGAAGUCAGGCCUUACUGGCCGCAAGGCUGAAGCGUAAGGCACAGAGUAGAACGUCUUUUGAUUCCACAACAGGAUACUACUCCUACACUGAUAGGACUUCGUUGCGCAAGGACACAGUCACCUUCUCAGCCAGUCCAAAGUUCUUGCAGAACGCAAAGUUCAAACUAAUCGCCCUUUACGAGGAUCAAAAGUGCUUGUGGAAUCAGUGUCACAAGGAUUUCUUUAAUUUCGAUCGCAAAGAGGAAGUCUGGGAGGCGAUUGCUAAUGAAAUGAGACAGGAUUCGCCAACUGGGUUUUGGAAACAUAUGAUUCACAGGCUCCGCUAUGAUGUCGAGUUGGAACGCGUCCAAGAACAAGGGGCAAAGUUCUCUGGCGGCAAGGUACCACCUAAGCUUCCUUAUUCAGAUAAUCUGCAGUUCUUAAGUAACAUGUUUCGUCGAGAAAAAGAAAGUCCACCUGAAGUUGCACCUAUGCAGUUGAAGUCCUCAGGAGCCAAUCUUGAAAGACAUGUAUCAAAAAACCUGCGACCAGUACAAAAUAAACCAAAAACCCGUACACCCAUCACUGAAAAGUUGGCCUCACUCGAGAAGUUGAGAAAUCACCACCACAACAAGUUGGUCCUGACUCCAGAAGCUUUUCGAAAAAUGCAGAAGGUAACCAGCGGGGAACCUUAUUAUUUGACCAAAACAAUGACAAAGAAUAAGUCGUAAGGAGGUAUUAGGAUAUUUAAAUUAAAUUGUAUGCAUUAAUAACCAA